GUGGGGAUGGGCCGAAACCACGAGGCUGCGCGAGGGCUUCAAGUUUCCAAGUGGCACACGAAUCGAGCUUUCAUCGUCGAAUGCAGCGUCGAAUUCGGUAUCCAGAACCCUCUUCUUCCUCAUUCCGGCCCCACCCAAUUCACCCAAGGCCUGGAUUCUGAAGCUGCGCACCCAGGAAGGGAGAGGAUGAGAAUGAGAGUUUGGUUUCUUCUUCUGGCAAAUUGAGAUCGAUCACCACGCCCACGCUCUUCGAGGCUCAUCGCUGUGACGGCGUAUCGGUUUGUGUCACGGAGCCGCGCUUUGCUUGGAAGCAAGAUUGUGAGAGGAAAUUUGGAGUGGAUCGUUGGCAUGGCGCGCAUGCCAUGGCGUCGCACGCUACACCUCCUCCACCGCUCCAUGACGGCGCCUGCUCGCCCCGCCGCUCCUUUCUCUGACGAAUUAUGUAGUGAAACAUCGUGGGCUCUGUCGACGAGAGUAGCGCAUUUUUUCUGUCAAGAUCAAAGUUCUGGUGCCGGAAUAGGUGCGCUGCUUGGGCAUUCAAGUGGUUUCAAUCGACGUUGCAAUGCUGAACGCGGCAAUGAAUCCAUUAAGGCGGCUGCCAGGCGAAGUUUCCAUUCAACAGGUGUCCAACAUAUGGCUCGACAGAACUUUUACGAUGCUUUAGGAUUGAAAAAAGGUGCCAGUGCAAAGGAAAUCAAAUCUGCCUAUUAUAAGCUGGCCAAACAAUGGCAUCCGGAUGUUAGCAAAGGGAAUGCCGAGGCGGAGAGGAAAUUCCAAGAGAUACAACAAGCAUAUGAGGUUUUGAAGGACGAUGAGAAACGAGCCAUGUAUGAUCAAGUUGGCCACGAUGCAUUUGAGCAAGCAGCUGCUGGGGGUGCUCCUGGUGGUGGUGCCGGCUUUGGAGGGUUUGGCGGAGGCUUUGAAGGGUUUGGCUUUGGUGGGGAUGCUUUUGGUGGAGGCAUGGAUGAGGUGCUUCAUCGAGUGUUUGGAGGAGGCAGAGAAGGGCGACCACACGUGCAGGUUCAGUUGGAUUUAACUUUCAGGGAGGCUGCCCAAGGUUGUUCGAAAGUGGUGAAUUUUCAGACGACUGUUCGGUGCCAACCCUGCAAUGGAAGUGGGCUGCCCCCAGGAGUACAACCUCAGACAUGUAAAACCUGCAAAGGACGUGGCAGGAUUGUAGUGCAGCAAGCGUUCUUCACUUUUGAGUCAACUUGCUCCACAUGUGGUGGAUCUGGUCACAUGGUUAAGGAUCAUUGUCGUAGUUGCCAAGGGGCCGGAGUUGUGAAGGGAAACAGAGAAGUGAGAGUGGAUAUUCCUGCUGGAGUGGAAAGUGGGACAACCUUAAAGGUGCAUGGAGAGGGUGGAGAAGGACCCAAAGGUGGCCGACCUGGGAAUCUCCUGUUGCAAAUCAGAGUACAACCUGACAAGGUAUUCAAAAGAGAAGGAGCAGACAUAUAUGUGGAUAUUCCGAUUCCUUUUACCCAGGCCAUCUUGGGUGGUUCGGUGCAAGUUCCUACGUUGACUGGUGAUGUAGUACUGAAGAUUCGACCUGGCACACAGCCUGGACACAAGCAAGUCAUGAGGGGCAAAGGCGUAAAAGUUUUGAAUUCGAGGCACCAUGGUGAUCAGUACGUGCUGAUUAACGUGACUAUUCCUACGAAUAUCACACAGAGGCAACGACAACUUAUUGAAGAGUUUGCUGGAGAAGAAUCUUCAGAGCCCGAGACAGCCGCUGCUGAAGGCAGUGGAUGACGCCAGGCCUUUACAAGAUUUUUUCGGUGGUUUAAACCAGAGUAGCUGGGUACGAAAGCUUUGUAUGAUUUUAAUGCCGAGGGUUGCUCCUUGCGGACCAUUACUUCUCCGUGAAGUUAGCUUGGGAAGCGAUUUAUGACUCGAUCAGUGCUGUUGCGCACGCAUUUACUACGAGCAAUUAGGUGUGCUAUUGAUCAUAAUUUUAACAAGCUCGAUAGUAGAAAGCUGCAAGAAAAGUGACAAGGAAUUUCUUUAGUCCUACGAUACUUUCCCCUAGUCAUGAUGCCAACCGUCUUGUUGCAACUUCCCUCUUAUAGUGCUUAUCGAGUAACCAGAUUUUUUGUUUGUUUGUUUUUUUUUUUGUUUUUUUUUCCCCUUCAAAUCAGUGCUCCCUGAGGGAUAAUGGUCGACGCAUAUUGACAAGUACCUAACAAGGUUAGCUCUCGCCGGGGAAAUCUUUAGAGCCAGAGACAUUUUUAUCAAACGUUGAUGGAGAAACAGUUGUCUAAUAUGCUAGGUAGGGAGUGAUUAGUAAAUUUUUUGGUACCCCUUUAUUUAGUAGGGUGACAAGAAAGAGGUGGCUCUGCAGAAAACUGGCGUAGCCUAUAGCAGGUAAAUUGUAGCUAUUGUAGGUGAGAGAUUUUGAAGUUAGAACGGAAUUUGAAGUACCCUGGAGAGUUUUCCUCAUCGCAAGUGAUUCUUAGUUAUUUAGGUUAGCAAACAAGUUCUUAUAUAAGCUUCACAUCAUGCAGUUUUGACUGCUUUUGCAAAUGACCAUUAUGGAUGCUUUUGCAAAUAAACAUCCAUUAUUUCUUUUUGCA